AUGUUUUUGUUCAUGAAUCCGUGUGCCAAGCCAACCCCCGUUGAUGGGGAUGAAGAUGACCGUGGGAACGGCACGCCGAACACAAAAGAAGCCGUCAAGGGUCUGACGUCGCAGAUUAAGGAUCUGGCGCUGAAGCUUUCAGGGAAGAAAAUCAAAGCUGGCAACCCCAAGAGCAUCAAGUAUGACACCGUUUCUGAAGAGGUUCCAUACGGCUACAUUGGUGGUGGAAGCGCAAGUUCAACCCCUGCUUUGGACUACACAAACCCCAAUCAAUCCCCAAUUGGUAACACCACCCCUGGAGGGCGUCAACCUCAACCACCAGCUGGUAGUGUAGCGAUGGUGGACAUGACUGGAUCCAACAAGUGGAUAGCAAAGAUGGAGCCAGGUGCUCACAUCACCGUUGUGUCUCUUCCUACUGGGGGCAAUGAUCUCAAAAGGAUUCGCUUCUGGGAGCUUCAUAAUAUCCAGACUUUAAAUCAACAUGUUUCCAACACUCCUGCAAGGUCUGAUGAUGAUGAGAACUCGGGGGAAUCUGAACAAGAUAUCCCAAUGGCUUCAAUGCUGAACAUGGAUUCGACUCCGGGGAAUUUCCAUGCACCCGCUGGGAAUAUGGGGUAUUUCCAUGGUGGGAUAUCAAGGGCUAACGACCCUACUGAUAAUGACAUGGAUGCUGAAUGGGUUGAGCAAGAUGAUCCUGGAGUGUCAAUCACUGUGAAGAGGUCAGCUAAUGGGACCAGGCAAAUUCGCCGUAUCAAAUUCAGCCGGGAAAUUUUUGAUGCAGAUGCAGCCAAGGAUUGGUGGCUGCGCAACAGGGUUCGAGUUCAUGCUCAGUAUAUGUGA